UUCCUCUCUAGAAUAGCUUAGAACUCCAUUAAUGAGAGAUUGAAUAUUGUACUAUGUAAUGGUGAGGAGAGUCUUAAUGAGAAUGAGAGGACUUGGACAUUAGCCUAAAAAGUCCCGUGGUUUUCUCCCUUUCCGGGUUUCCACGUAAAAAUAGCUUGUUCAUACACAUUCAUACAUAUAUUUACUAUAUCGUGUUGGAUUAAACUCAACACUGGCGCCGUCUGUGGGAAUCUGUCCAAAAAGAUUCGCGGUUCUUGAGUUUUUAUCUACAAAAAAUUCAUACGAAGUGGAUUGAUUCCAGCAAAAAAGAAAGAAAAAUUCUGGAAAAAUGAUUCUGAGAAGUUCUGGAUCUGGGAAGAAGGAUAAAUUUGAUGUUGGAGGUUCUGGAUUCCAGAAAAGAAGGAAGAGGAAAAAGGAGGAUCCUGGAGGAUAUGGCACUCUGGAUCUUGCUCUGGUUUGUUGCCGCCGGAGCAUCGCCGCCGCCGGAGCAUUACCACACCGUCAUUGUCAUCACCGACCAACCGCAGGUCACUCCCCCACCUGGUCGGUUGCGGCUCGAGCUUCCAUCGGCCAUCCUGUUCUGCCGACGCGACCUGAGGACCCACAGGUUGGGAGUUUUCACUGGUUCCGCCAUUAAUGGAGGUUUGGAGGUCGGGGAAGGUGUUUUCGAAGCUUAAGUAGCAGGUCUCCCACCGAAACCUGGCCGGGCGUCCAUCCUUGCUCCGCGGCGAAGUCUGUACCUCUGCCGGAUGGCCUUGGGUUGGUGAGCCGGUGUUCCAGCUGGCUUCUCGGAUGAUACAGAGUACUGAUAUCGCUCAAAAGCCUUGGUCCUCAUAAGGCUACGUGAGUAGGAUGAAUGGUGGCGGAUGGAUACGUUUGGGAGCAUCUUGACUAAGUCAACUUUGCUAAAGGAACCAGAUUAAGUCCAAAAAUUCCAACUGGCCGAACAUCUUUUCUUAGAGCUAAGUGCUCUUACUCCUGCUCUUUAAUUAAAAUGCUCCAUAAUACGAUCAUAGAUGCUUUUGCUGACCGUCACCAUUACUUAACAGGGGUUAAAUACCCCGAAAUUAAAUAAUGUCGAGCAAAGCUCAGAUGAGUAAAGCUCUAGUGGUAAUUAAUUCCAUCGUCAUUAAAAUUGAUGACUAGUUGUUGUGAGCCUGUGGGCCCGCUCCUGAUCGGCUUUAAUUAGCGAACGGAGUAUACCUGAAUGGCCUUUGAUAGGAUAAUAUCAUUGUUAUUGCGUGUUAUAUCACUAUUAUUUAUUAGGGAUAAAGUGUCUCGAAUUAAAUAAUGCUGAGCGAGGCUCAAGUGAUGGUUAGCUCAGCUAACAUUUUAUUAAGUAUUUAAUUUCUUGUGGCCCCGAUGGCCCACUCUCGAUCAGCUUGAUUAAGCGGUCUGAGCAUCUCCAAAAGGGCGAUGCCCCGACGACGCAUUUUAAUUUGAGGGUUGCACGUUAGUCCGCACGGCACUACGUGCCUGAUCGACGAUCGUACCCUAAUAUCAUCUAUGCCAUUAGGCGCGAAGUGACUAUUGCCAGACGCGGCCUGUGGGGCCCAAGGGCACCAAAGCACUCAACCUCGUUUUUCCGAGGGCAAUGCGACCAACUUGGGUCUGAGUUUGAAAACUCACAGACCGAUGAAUAUCUCUAUGUGACGUUCGGCGGGCUGCUAAUUGGCCCCGCCGCGAGCUGUUACGUCCAUUAAACCCGCACGAUGAGCCGGGCCGAGGGUCACGAUGACCCAUAGGCCGGUAAUCGUGGGUGUUAGAGAGAAAGCCAUGCAGAUGGUUAUGUGUGCAUAUUUAUUGUCGGGGCCGUGCGGCCCGUUAUCAUGCUUAUUGCGCAGCUGAAGCCACUCGACGCGCUCGAGCGAAAUGAUUAAAAGACGCUCGGCCCGAAUCUUGAAGACGUUCAGGGCCAGCUAAAGUGGAGACCAUCACGGCUGAGAGCCGAUGGACCAGCAUCUCCACCCAGAGGUUGAGGGCCUAGAGGAGACCACCACGGUUGAGAACCGUGGGACGAGCAUCUCCACCCCAGAGACCGAUGGCCUAGGAAGAACACCUAGAGGCCGAGGGUCUAGAGGCGAAUGCCAUGACAGAGAACCGUGAGACGAUCACCCGUCAUUCAGAGGCCGAGGGAUUAAAAAAGAUCGUCACGGCCGAGGGCCGUCUGACGUCAUCAUACCAUGACCGGCCCCUCAGCACGACAUGAUUAUCAUACCUGAAGACCGGCCUCGUCCACGCUCCUCGCGGAUGGGAGCCGUUGCUUGAUUCUCUCUGUCGGCCCCUCGGCGCCGACACCAUUAUAUAUCACGACCGGCCUCCCGGCUCGGCGUGCUUUCCAUAUUUGAAGACCGGCCUCGUCCCCGCACUGCGCGGAUGAGGACCGUUGCUUGGAUUUCAGGUCGGCCUCUCAUUGCCGGCAUCGUUAUAUCACGACCGGCCCCCCGGCUCGGCGUGUUUUCCAUACUUGAAGAUCGGCCUCGUCCCUGCUCCUCGCGGAUGAGGACCGCUGGUUAUCGCUCUUUGGAUCGGCCCUAGCGCCGACGUCAUACGUGGCCACCGACCUCCUGGUACGGUGCCACCAUCAUAUUUGAAGACCAGUUUCAUCCCCGCACUGCGUGGAUGAGAGCCGUUGCUCGGAUAUAUCGACAUGAUCGGAUACUAUUGUCAUCUCCUUAUCAGGACCGACUGCUCAGCGACAUUAUGAUCAUUAUAUAUCGGCUCCCGAUGCUGACCUUCUUGAGUUAGCGAUCGGGCUCACCCCUCCCCUCCAGGAGGGUGACCAUCGCCUUCGCAUGACGACCAGCAUUUCCAUCGCCUCGGCAUCCGCUUCAUUUUGGUAUCCCACCACCAUUACGUGUGACAUCACUUGUGGGCAUUCUUGGAAACCGACGAACGUAUUUUCCUCCCUCAAAAAAAAAAGAGAGAGAAAAGAUGGGGAGAAGGGGAGAGAGAAGCUCCUAUGAGAGAGGGAGUCUUGACGAGGUAUGCCUGAUCUUCCUUUGCCGCGUAUGACGAACGUCUCCCGACGCGGAGGUUAGUAGGAACGUGGGGGAGGCUAGACGUACCAAAGGGAACCUCGGCAGGAUAAACCAGUUCCUCCCAUUUCCCGUGGAUCGAUGAACACCUUCUGCCAAAGCAGAAGGCUAGUAGGGCCACGAGCAUGGGACGACGAAGCAGGGAACCCGCGAUAGGGUAAACCAGUUCCUCCUUGCGAUCGGUGAAUGACCGAACGUCUUCUUCGAGGGAAGAAGGUUAGUAGGAUCACGACAGGGACGAACGAAGAAACGGGAACCCUGACAGGGUGUACUGGUUCCUCCCCCUUAUGGACGGAUGACGAACGUCUUAUGCGAAGCCAGAAGACUAGUAACUCACGACUGGGGACGAACAGAGAUAGGGAAUCCCGACGUGGAUAAACCUGUUUCUUCUCAUAGUUGGGAUGACGAACGUCUCCUGCGAAACCAGGAGACCAGUACUCACGAGACUUGGGAAGAACGAAGAACCAGUUCUUUACCGGAGUCUGUUGCGUGCCGAGUGUACACCGCUUAGCGGUCCAUACAUAGGACCACGGAUACGGUAGACGAACGAAGACCAGCUCCAUGGAUCCGACAUGAAGAACCAGUUCUUUACCGGAGUCUGUUGCGUGCCGAGUGUACACCGCUUAGCGGUCCAUACAUAGGACCACGGAUACGGUAGACGAACGAAGACCAGCUCCAUGGAUCAGACACGAAGGACCAGUUCUCCACCGGAGUCUGUUGCGUACCGAGUGUACACCGCUUAGCGGUCCGUACAUAGGACCACGGAUACGGUAGACGAACGACGAUUAGCUCCCCAGAUCAGGUAGGAGGGACAUCGCCCAGAUUUAUUUUAGGCUCGCCGUUCCUUCCCGGAUGGAGUCCUGGCAGACGAUCGGCUUCUCACAGCCACUCAGGAGAGAGAGUUGACACAUCACCAGCACGGCCGAGGGCCGUGAGACGAUUACCACUCACCGACAGGCCGAGGGCCAUGAGAUGAUCAUCACUAUUUUUCUGUAUCACGAUCGGCCCCUCAGCGCCAUCGUGCCCGACUCACGUUCAGCUCGUCCAUUCCCUCCAGGAUGGCGACGAACGUCUUAUGCAUCACGAUCGGCCCCUCAGCGCCAUCGUGACCAGACUCACGGUUCGGCUCGCCCAUUCCCUCCAGGAUGGCGACGACCGUCUUAUGCAGUACGAUCGGCCCCUCAGCGCCAUCGUACCCAGCUCACGUUCAGCUCGUCCAUCCCUUCCAGGGUGGCGAUGAACGUCUUAUGCAUCACGAUCGGCCCCUCAGCGCCAUCGUGUCCAGACUCACGGUUCGGCUCGCCCAUUCCCUCCAGGAUGGCGACGACCGUCUUAUGCAGUACGAUCGGCCCCUCAGCGCCAUCGUACCCAACUCACGUUCAGCUCGUCCAUCCCUUCCAGGGUGGCGACGAACGUCUUAUGCAUCACGAUCGGCCCCUCAGCGCCAUCAUGUCCAGACUCACGGUUUGGCUCGCCCAUUCCCUCCAGAAUGGCGACGACCGUCUUAUGCAGUAUGAUCGGCCAAUCAGCGCCAUCGUACCCAGCUCACGUUCAGCUCGUCCAUCCCUUCCAGGGUGGCGACGAACGUCUUAUGCAUCACGAUCGGCCCCUCAGCGCCAUCGUGUCCAGACUCACGGUUCGGCUCGCCCAUUCCCUCCAGGAUGGCGACGACCGUCUUAUGCAGUACGAUCGGCCCCUCAGCGCCAUCGUGUCCAGACUCACGGUUCGGCUCGCCCAUUCCCUCCAGGAUGGCGACGACCGUCUUAUGCAGUACGAUCGGCCCCUCAGCGCCAUCGUACCCAGCUCACGUUCAGCUCGUCCAUCCCUUCCAGGGUGGCGACGAACGUCUUAUGCAUCACGAUCGGCCCCCUCAGCGCCAUCGUGUCCAGACUCACGGUUCGGCUCGCCCAUUCCCUCUAGGAUGGCGACGACCGUCUUAUGCAGUACGAUCGGCCCCUCAGCGCCAUCGUACCUAGCUCACGUUCGGCUCGUUCAUCCCUUCCAGGGUGGCGACGAGCGUCUUAUGCAUCACGAUCGGCCCCUCAGCGCCAUAAUGUCCAGAUUCACGGUUCGGCUUGCCCAUUCCCUCCAGGAUGGCGACGACCGUCUUAUGCAGUACGAUCGGCCCCUCAGCGCCAUCGUACCCAGCUCACGUUCAGCUCGUCCAUCCCUUCCAGGGUCGCGACGAACGUCUCGUAUGCAGCACGAUCAGCGCCUCUGUGCCAUCGUGUCUGGCUCAUGUUCGGCUCGCCCAUCCCUUUCAGGAUUGCGACGAACGUCUCUUAUGCAACACAAUCGGCCCCGCCGUGCCAUUGUGUCGGGUUCAUCUCCGGAUUUCCCAUCCCUUCUAGGAUGGCGACGACCAUCUUAUGCAGCACGUCUGCCUCUCGGCGCUGACAUGCCCGGGUUAUCGAUGAGAGCCACCGCUUUCUAUCACAUCUCACAUUCCUUCUCUCAUACAUUGCACCCAUACAUUACAUGCAUUCAUGCAUUCAUGCAUCAUACCUCAUACAUUCAUACAUACACACGUGCAUCAUGUUUUGACAUACCGCGACGUCGGUUUAUAGAUGCAUGGACCUCUAAGCUUCUCCGAUUGGAAAGCUCGAGUCAGAGUGCUUUACUCCUGCCUGAUGCAUUCAGGCGGAGUGUGCCCGUGGAGGAGCACCCUUCGCCCGACCCUGUCGGGAAGGGGGGUGCCUCACUGGUAGAUUACGUUCAGGAGUGCAGACACUCACUCAUAUAUUAUGAUUAUGUGAAGACACAGUUUCCAGCAAGACAGAGGAAGAGCGCAGGCAGAGUAUAUUUUCUCGAACAGAUUCGCGAGCUCACUACUCAAGAAACUGGGGGACUUGUGUUGGGAUAUAUUAUCCUGACCUAUUACUGUUCAGGAGUCCAAGGCUUUACGUAGUACGGGGCCCGAGCAGCUAGGCCCAUUUCGGCCCAUCCGGCCCACUUUAGCCAUUUGGGCCCACUCCGGCCCAUGCGGCCCAUUAGGGUGGAGGGCAUCCCCUUCCCCUAUUCUCUAUAAAUAUGGGAGUUUCCCUCCAUAUUAUGGAUCCCUUCUUUCAACCUCCUCUCUAGAAUAGCUUAGAACUCCAUUAAUGGGAGCUUGAAUAUUGUACUAUGUAAUGGUGAGGAGAGUCUUAAUGAGAAUGAGAGAGCUUGGACAUUAGCCUAAAAAGUCCCGUGGUUUUCUCCCUUUCCGGGUUUCCACGUAAAAAUAGCUUGUUCAUACACAUUCAUACAUAUAUUUACUAUAUCGUGUUGGAUUAAACUCAACAAUCAUCAUUGCUCAAUCACGAUAUUUAUCAUUUGCACUAGACAAACUUCAACUAAAAUGUGAAGAUCUAACUUUUAUAACACAAAGAAGGUUUUUAUGGCAAGUCGCCUUGUUAUUUUCAUGAAUCAUAUUGUUAUGUAAUUAAUUAGUACGACAUUGGUGUAAUAAAUUUAAAACCACGUUCAUAUAUUACCAAGAAAUUUUGAGUUUAAAAUCGUUUUGGAAAGGAGAAAUUAUGCUGGAUUGGUUGAUCGAAGUAGCUGGAUUGGUUGAUUCUGCUGAAUUAUGUAAAAUAAAAUAAAAUAAAAUAUACGGAGUAUUUUAUUAAUAAAAAACUUAUAUGAAAAAGCAGUUAAAAUGAUUCUCUACAAUAAAUUCAGCCAAUACAGUCAGAAAAUAACUUCAACCUUACUUUUUCUUAUUAUUACACAAUUCGGCGAAAUCGAAAGUUACGUGUUUGAGGAAAAAGUUGGCCGAUAAGUCGAAAAACAUGGUCACCAAAUAAGCUCUACGUUAGUAGUGAGAUUAUGUUAUUGAGGGUCAUUUAGAAAGUAUGGAUCAAUAUAAAUCAUACAAAUAUAUCUCCUUAACAUGAAACAAGUACUUUUGAGGAAGCGAUCUAAUUCAGCCGGUCAUCAACUCACUCUUUCAUUUAGGAGGUCUCGCGUUUGAAACUACGUAGCUAGAGGGAGUUUUAGUCAACUUUACCCCAGACUCCUCACAGGAUUAUUGAUAUUUUAUUUCCCAAAUAGAAUUUUGUAGUCAUAUUUCCAAUACACGCAUUGUCAACACUCAACAUUAGUUGAAGAAAUAUGGUAUGUGCGUCUCAUAUUUAUUACACGCAUUUUCAACAUUAGUUGUUGUUGAAUUAUUGUUUGGUCAUAAAAUAUUACAUGCGUCUAUGUUGGUAAACUAACAAAAGGUAAAGUAACUAACGAAUUGUUGUAAUAAGGAUGGUGUUAAUGUUGCUUCAUCUAUCAAACAGUUUCCUAAUUAUAUUUAGUUGAAAAAGAUGCCAGAAACACGACUAUACCUGUCUUAUUAGUCAAAACGUGCUACAAGUUAAAAUAAAUUUUAUAAUUAAUUACUACACUCAAUAUUUCUCAAUUUCAUCUACCCAUUUCUUGAUUCUAAUCUUUAGAUAUAUCAUGAUUAUUAUUAUUUGGACUAACCUCUUUCUCGAUCUGUUAAUCCUUAAACCUCAAACCUCCCCUACAACCCCCCACCCCCUUCCGAAAAGGGGAAAAGAAAACGUUUUGUUACAUUUAUUAUUGAAACCCCAGCUGGUCAUAUCUUGUGUUGUUUCUUCUUUCACCUCUAGAUUACGGGCCUUUCUUUCGUUUAUUUGAAGCAAUUAACUUCUCUACCUUUUGCUAUUCUCAGUAUAUAAAGCAUCAUGUUGAGACAAACCUUUCACGCUCAUUCUUUGGUUAGUAAUAUGUGUAUUGUAUUAAACAUUACUCCGUAAUAUAUCAUCUCAAUAAAUUUUUAUAUGUCUAGUUCUAAUAGCUAAAAUGCUUGUUACUAUAAAAAAUAUAUUAGUGAUUGUAAUCUCAACUCUUUCGUUUUUCAUUGCCUCGAGCAUCAACAAUACUGGCCUUUUCGAGACUGGGAUUUUGAGCCUCCAUCAUCAUCACCAUCACCAUCACCACCGCCACAAAAAGCACCAUAAUUGUCACAAACCAAAUCAUAUAUCGGUUAGAAAACAUAAACAUGUGUUCAAUGUAGAUGCUUUUGGGGCGAAGGGUGAUGGAAUCACGGAUGAUUCUAAGGCCUUUAAAAGAGCUUGGAACAAGUUCUGCAAAUCAAGGGGAGGCAUCCUUGUGAUACCUCGUAAGAGAACGUAUUUGCUUAGUCCAAUGCACUUCAACGGUCCAUGUCAACCCAACCUUAAUCUGAAACUACAUGGAACAAUCAAAGCGUCUGGGAACAAAGAUGACUACGGGAAGGACAGGGAACAUUGGCUGAAGUUCAAUAACUUGAGAAAUUUCGCGGUUAAAGGCGGUGGUGUCGUAGAUGGCAAUGGCCAUAUAUGGUGGAAGGAGUCUUGCAAGGUCAAAACAACAGAGACUUGCGAUAGCGGCAUCACACCAUUUGCAAUGACAUUCCAAAAUGGCAUAAAUAUCAGCGUAAAGGGAUUAUUGUUCAGGAAUUCACAGAGAAUGCAUCUUGUUUUUUCCAACAGUCAAAGGGUUAGGGCGUCAAAUUUAGUAAUAAAAGCUCCCGGAGAUAGCCCCAACACCGAUGGGGUUCACGUCUCACGUACCACAGAUGUGGUCAUCUCUGAUUCAUUUAUUGGAACCGGUGAUGAUUGUAUCUCAAUAGUGAAUGGUUCCACAAAUGUAAAAGUAUUGCGUGUGAUAUGCGGACCAGGACAUGGUAUCAGUAUAGGAAGCUUAGGGAAACACGAAAAUUUAGAAGAACAUGUAUCAAAUGUUGAUGUUAAGACGGUCAUGCUCAAGGGAACAACUAAUGGAGUCAGAAUAAAGACUUGGCAAGGAGGGAAAGGAUCUGCAAGGAACAUCAAGUUCGAGAAUGUUGUAAUGCAGAACGUGACAAAUCCCAUAAUCAUAGAUCAAUACUACUGCGAUAAGCCAAGAGACAAAAUUGGUGACAAUUUGCCAUGUGUUGAAAAGGAACAAGCGGUGCAAGUGAGCGAUGUGGUAUAUAGAAACAUAAGAGGAACGAGUGCAAAAGAGGUUGCAAUAAAAUUGGAGUGCAGCGAGAUGGUUCCAUGCCGAGGGAUUCUGCUGCAAAAUGUGCAUUUGAUGAGGGAACGGGCUGGAGCUGUCAAAGCCAAAUGUUCAAAUGUCAAGUAUGAAACUAAAGGGAGUGUUUUCCCUAGAUGUCAAGACACUUAUACCUCUCAUUCUCCACUUCUUUGAAAUCAGAACCCAUGAGAGUUGAGACUCAUUUUUGCACAUAAAGAUACAACAUCUACACAUGUACUGCUGAACACAAUCGAUUCAACUCUACAUGUAUUACAGUACUAGUUAUUAGUUAUUUUCC